GUAAUGAUGUGAUUAUUCUUUCUGAUCUGCCUCAGUAUGUCAAGAAUACAUUUUCGAUAUUACGUUCAAUCUGUCACUUGUGAAGUCUAAUAUUCCAUUCAAAAUUGGAAUAUGUGGCAACCUUGCCAACUAACCUCACAUUCUGAGCCUCAUCUUUCUAUGCUAUGUAAACUGAACAUUAUUGAUGUUUAAACUUAUAUUUGUGUCUCGCGAUUGCUUAGCUUAUGCCUUACAAGUACUGCGUUCCUAAUUGUGUCGGUAAUUACGGGAAGGAUCCGAAGGUACACGUAUUUUCAUUUCCAUUGAACGAAAACUGUCGUAAAAGAUGGCUCAAUGCAAUUCCUCGUAGUGAUUUAGUGGUUACACAAUACACCCGUGUAUGUAAUUUGCUCCUUGUUGAGGACGGCAUCAUUUGGGAAUCCACCAUCCAUGACGAAAAGACAGGACAUUCAAGCAGAAGAAGCCGAGAUGAGAAAUUGAGGGACAAGGAACAAAAACAACUACUUAAAGCACUAAAAACUAGCAUGGAUGAUUAUUCCUCCUAUCAAAAAUCAACUUGUUUUCAAAAUUAUUCUCACAGUUCUCAGUUCAUGGCAAUGUCCGUAUGGGUUGCAUAAAAUUGUUCAGAAUAAAGUUACAUUGUUUAAGUUAUAAUAUAAACCAGCACCCAUCAUAACUCACUCUGUAAUUGUUGAUAAGGAUCUCAAU